GCGCCAGCGGGCACAGUUUAGCCAAGUGGGAAAGAGCAGCCGCGCCGCCGCCGCCGCCAGCAGCGCACAGGUGUUUCUGACCGCUGGUUUGCGGUUGGCGGGCUGGGAAGAUGCCUCUGGGGUUGAAGGGAAAGAAGAAAGGCAAGUCCAAGGAGACCUCCACCUUGGUGGACGGCGAGGCUCCUCCGGCUCGAGGGCGAGGCGACGACGAGGUCGGGGUCGGGGCCGGUGCUCGUGCCGGAGCGGUGGGCGCCGCAGCCUCGCGCGGUCCCGUCCGGUUGGUCUUCCACACGCAGCUGGCGCACGGCAGCCCCACUGGGCGCGUGGAAGGCUUUAGCAGCGUGAAGGAGCUUUACGCUAAAAUCGCUGAGGCGUUCCGCAUUGCCCCGGCCGAGAUCAUGUUUUGCACAUUGAAUACACACAAAAUCGAUAUGAACAAGCUUUUGGGUGUACAAAUUGGUCUUGAAGACUUUAUAUUUGCUCAUGUCAAAGGAAUAAAAAAAGAAGUGGAGGUUUUCAAAUCAGAAGAUUCACUUGGACUUACUAUUACUGAUAAUGGAAAUGGAUGUGCCUUCAUAAAGAGAAUUAAAGCAGGAAGUCUUAUUGACCAAAUAAAAGUGAUAUGUGUUGGUGAUCACAUAGAAUCUAUAAAUGGAAAAAACGUAGCAGGCUAUCGUCAUUAUGAAAUUGCUAAGAAUUUAAAGGACUUGGAGAAGGGUCAGACAUUUACAUUAAAACUGAUAGAACCUAUGAAAUCAUUUGAAAUUAUCGAGCCAAGGUCAAAAAGUGGAAAUUUUGCAGAGGAGAAAAUCUGCCGAGGAAGAGAGACUCUUCGACUAAGAGCCAAAGGUUCUGCUACAGUAGAAGAAAUGCUUUCAGAUGUUGAAGAAAAGGCUACCAAAAAAGUGGAUGAUCUUCUGGAAAUGUACAUGGGAAUAAGAGAUCUUGAACUAGCUGCAACUAUGGUAGAAGCCGGGAAAGGCAAGAACAAUCCAGAUGAAUUUGCUGUAGCUCUUGAUGAAGCUUUGGGAGAUUUUGCAUUUCCAGAUGAAUUUGUCUUUGAUGUAUGGGGAGCCAUAGGUGAUACUUUGAAAGGGUGAUUUUAAUGAGAGGCAUUAAUUGUAUUAGAGUACUGUGACAGCUGUGUGGACACAUCACAUGUGUAGUCAUGUACGUGGCAUGGGGUAUGACCCAAGUAUUCUAAAAAGGCCUAUUUAAAUUUUAUAAACCUGACCAAAGUACAUGAAUGUAGGACUGUAUCUGUACAAAGCUUUCAGCCCGAUAUUGCAGUUAAUUUAACAUACUCACUUGGAAUCUUCGCUGAACAUAAUUCAAGUACUUUCUCUGUGUAUGUACAUAAAUACCUGCCAGUUGCCAAGCACCCAUAUUUUGAUCAUGUGACCAUGGGGAUAAUGCAAUGGCCAUAAGUGUGAAAAAUGGUCAUAAGUAUUUUUUUUCAUAUUGUUGUAACUUCGGAUGGUCCCUAAAAAAAUUGUUGUAAGUCAAGGUCUACCUUACAGAUAUACAAAAUGACUAACCAGCUGCAUGGAGUAAAAUGUACUUUUUUUGUUGUUUUAAAUUUGGACUAACAGCAUCAAAGAGAGGUUAAAGUAUGUCCAAUGUCAGAGAAGUGAACAGAAUUUUGUACUGCAGUUCACAAAGCCAGCUGGGUGGCUGUGUGUGAGUUAGGUGGCCAUAUACAUUUAUCAAACAAGGUCUCUUAAUCCUAGACAGAUGGCAAUGGCAAAACACUUUCAAAAAACCUUGCCAAAAAAAUUGCAUGGAUUUGUCCAGACAUUUGCCAGGAUCAAAGGAUAUCUUGAAGGUAUCAAAAAUCAAACCAUAUCAAACGAAAUAACUCCACUUAUGAUUUACUGCUUUAAACUAUGAACCAGUUUCUACAUUCCAUGCAACCUCUGCAUUUGUCAAGAGAACAUAGAGAUAAUGCUGAGAUUUCUAGUGGACUUUCCUAUAUAAAUACAAUUUUUGUGUGAAUUUGACCUUACCAAAGUUGGAACCUCUAAUAGGACAAUGUCUUUUUUAUAAUCUUACAAUAACAGAAAUAGGUAUGGAUACUUAUUAAAGCUAAUUCCAAAGUUAUCCUCAAGAAAAUUAUUUUUCUUGCUCCUGUUCUUUCCUAAUUGGUUUGUUGCCAAAUGUAUUUACAGACGAACGUAAUGGCAAGAUCACUGCAAUGUAACAUUUCAGUAGAUCUGAUAUAACAUAAAUUUAGGAUACUAUUUUAAUCAUUUUGCCUUAAACUACAGUAGUUGGAAUUGACAUUGAUGUAGAAUACCUAUUUAAAUGAGAACAGGUUGCCAAUUUGAAUUCUUGUCUCUCUCUCUCAUAUUUCUCUGAUUUAGAUAGAAACCAUACAACAGAUGACACUUCGUUCUGUAUUAUACUAUUAAAUUCUUACUCCCUCAUAAAAUAAAAUACUUAUUUUUUUUCAUUCUGAUUCUAAUUCAAUUAUGAAUCAAGUAGGUUUUGAUUGUGAUUUUCAAAAACCGUAAAAAAACUUUUUUCCAGGGUUGGUUUGAAAGAAGUUACAGAUGUUGAGCUGAGUCUCACAAAUGUGAAGGUUG